AAGAUGGCCAUGGUAGAAAAAUCUUGGUGUCACCAAAAACCCCAAAAGCUGUUUGAUUCUGUCAUCGCAUAUUUCAGAUGAAUUUUGUAAAAUUUCCUUAUUUUUUAAGCCCAAUUAUGGGCCUACAAACCUCUGUUGGGCUACAAUAGAGACAGGCCGAGCCCCCCCUUGCGUCUUGGCCGCCCUGAAUCACAACCCGAGAUCGCCUAUGCUGUUUCAGCUACUCUCCUCCUCUCAAAUUACAACAAUCAAUUUCUUUGGCUCACUUCUCUUUCAUCCUCCCCAGUCACACCCACUACUACGGACCCCAAGCCGCCGCCCCCUGCUCUCACUGCCCCCAAAAAAUCCUACCCGGAGGCCGCCCUUCACUCGCUCUCUCUCUCCUCCUCGCAUUUCCACCCCACCCUUUAUUUAUUUUUCACUCUUCAUUUCACCUUAGAACAACUCUCCACCUCUGAGAGGAAACAGAGGACAAUGGAAGUCGACAGAAUUGAUGGUCGAACCCCGAACCAGUUGAGACCACUAGCAUGUUCUCGCAACGUACUUAACCGCGCUCAUGGCUCUGCCAGUUGGUCUCAAGGAGAUACCAAAGUUCUUGCUGCCGUUUAUGGACCUAAAGCAGGAACUAAGAAGAAUGAAAGCCCUGAAAAGGCUUGCAUUGAAGUUUUUUGGAAACCUAAAACUGGGCAGAUUGGAAAAAUGGAAAAGGAGUAUGAGAUGAUAUUGAAGAGGACCUUACAAAGCAUAACCCUUUUAACCGUCAAUCCUAAUACAACAACAUCCCUCAUUAUACAAGUUGUCCAUGAUGACGGUGCACUUCUCCCUUGUGCCAUAAAUGCCGCAUGUGCUGCUUUUGUUGAUGCUGGAAUUCCUCUAAAACAUCUUGCUGUUGCGAUAUGCUGUGGUCUGGUCGAAAGUGGAUAUGUAAUACUCGACCCCACCAAGCUGGAAGAGCAGAAAAUGAAGGCUUUUGCAUAUCUUGUCUUCCCAAACACAGCUCUCUCAGUCCGUCCAGAAGGAUCUGCACCAGUGAAGGAUGAACCUCUAGAACAUGGGAUUAUCACAUCUGUUACCCAGGGUGCAAUGGCAGUGGACGACUACUUUCAUUGUCUAGAACGAGGACGCGCCACGAGCGAAAAGAUGUCUGCUUUUCUCAGGAGGAGCUUGCAACCACAAAUUCCUAGUUGACAGACCCAUCAAUUGCUCGGCCAUUAGUAAUAUAGCUUCUGAAAUUUCAAAUGGGGAGUUAUUUAAUUUUGGUGCCGAUAUUUGACAAAUCCUAGCCAAACGUGAGUUGUGUUUAACAAUUUUGAAUCCCAUCUUUUUGGUUUCUAUGUCCACCGUUCCUUGUACCAAGUGGGUAGUGAUUUUGUUCCAUAGCCUUUGCACAUAACUAUAGUGAAUGCUCAUUUCAUUGUAUGUAAUGCAAAAGAGAUCUGCUUGGCCCUUGAGUUGUAAAUUCCCCCUUUGUAUUUUAUUUUUGAGAUUCUGAUUGAUGAUGGGGUAUGCGUCCAAGACAUGAAACUGAAAAAAGGUUUGUUUGAGUUAAAUAUCACAAUUUUUAAAGUUCUAUCCUAAUUUAUCUGUUUUUUGA